GUCGCACUGAAGACCCUCCAUCUUGCUCCUAUAAAUCAAACAUUUUACGGGAUAUAUUCUUAUCUGAUAACUAAAAGAGCAUCCUUUGGUUCCCCCAUGGAGUCUCUUAAGAUAAUGGUCAAAUUUGUUACACCUCUCUUCUGUUCUUGUUUCCUUUUAUCUUCUAUUACUUUGUUGGAUAUUGUCCAUAGUGCUAAAGAAUGCGAUUUUCCGGCAAUAUUUAACUUCGGUGACUCUAAUUCGGACACCGGUGGAUUGGCCUCAGCAUUUCCUGCAUAUUUGAGCCCUCCCUAUGGAGAGACCUAUUUUCAUGAGCCCGCUGGGAGAUUUUCCGAUGGCCGCCUCAUGAUUGAUUUCAUAGCGAAAAGUUUUGAUCUACCAUACCUCAACGCGUAUUUGGAUUCCCUGGGGACCAAGCACAAGCAAGGUGCCAAUUUCGCCACGGCAGCUUCUACAAUCAGAUUGCCUAGUCGCAUUAUACCAGCAGGUGGAUUUAGUCCCUUCUAUCUUGACAUCCAAUACACACAAUUUGUUCGACUAAAAUCCAAACACCGGGAAACGACGAGAAAUCAAGAUGAAACACUAUCCGAAGAUGAGUAUUUUCACAAGGCUUUGUACACGUUUGACAUUGGUCAGAAUGAUCUUGGCGAGGGGUUCUUCUCAAAUAAGUCCGUGCAGGAAGUUAAUCAAUCUGUGCCAGAUAUCGUCAACAGCUUCUCAACAAACUUUAAGAAUAUACACAACAUUUCCGGAGGUAGGUCAUUUUGGAUACACAACACAGGGCCAAUAGGGUGUCUACCCUACAUUUUGGCCAAUUUCCCCUCAGCAGAGAGAGAUGAGGCCGGGUGUGCAAAACCUUUCAAUGAAGUGGCCAAGUAUUUCAACUACGUUUUACUAAAUGCCGUCACUAAACUCAGGAGGGAGUUUCCUCUGGCUGCUAUAACAUACGUGGAUGUCUACAAAGUCAAAUACUCUUUGUUUACGGAUCCUCACAAAUAUGGAUUUGAGCUCCCAUUAGUUGCUUGUUGUGGCUAUGGGGGGGAGUACAACUACAGUGAUAGUGUUGGUUGUGGGGGAACUAUUACCGUUAAUGGAACUCAAAUAUUUGUUGGUUCAUGUGGAGAAGCGUCAGUUAGGGUGGAUUGGGAUGGAGUUCAUUACACUGAGGCAGCUAAUAAGGUCAUAUUUGACAAAGUAUCUACCGGGGCUUUUUCUGAUCCAUUUACUCCUUUGAGACUAGCGUGCUUUAGACCCUCUUGAAUUUUAUUAAUCACCAUAUGCGUGAAUCAAUAUUAAUAUGUAUUGACGUAUUUAUGUUUGUA